UUUUCAUUUUUCAGUGUGUGCGUGUACAAGUUGAAGUUAGGUUUAUGAAUAUUGUCGUUUCUUGGAGGAAGCGAUAUUUUAAUAUUAUUGCUAAGAAAACAAUAUAACAAAUUUAUUGUAAUCAAGAAUUCUAUGUGCAUUAUAAAGUCAUAAUCUACUGGAUUUUGUUUGUGAGUGGGACACUUCGAAGUGACAAUCGCCGAAUCGAGACGUAAAGCUGACAUGUGGCAAUGAAAUAAACUGUUCUUGCUUUUCUAAAGCUUUAAAUUUAUAUUUAUAUACAAUGUUUAGAAGUAAAAUAAGAAUACAUACAUGCCGGAUAAUUCUUCUCACGUCAUUGGUUUGGUUGUUAGUAGAUGUAGCAAUAUUAACACUUUAUUCCGAUUGUUUUGGUGACGGAUGUAACAAGAAAACAACAAAUCAGAAUACUAUAAUAGAAUUAGAGAAACUUGGAGGUAAAAAAGCAGCAAUAGCAGCAGGAUUACAAAGUGACAAUGCUGCAGAUGAUGAGAAUGUUGAAGAAAAUAUUAUUGUGGAACCGGAUGUUGGUGAAGAAGGAUUGAAUUUAGCACCCUAUCCAAAAUCAAAGCUAAAAAGAUGGGCUCCAGUUCCAUCUAUCAAACCACAGGGAGAAUUGCCUGGAGAAAUGGGUAAAGCCGUAAACAUUCCAAUAGAGCAGGAGAAAAUUAUGUUAGACAAGUUCCAAGAAAAUCAGUUUAAUUUGAUGGCUAGUGACAUGAUCUCAUUCAACAGGUCCCUAACUGAUGUGAGAUUUGAGAAGUGUAAAGAUAAGCCAUACCCGAAGUUACUGCCUACAACAAGUGUGGUGAUAGUAUUUCAUAAUGAAGCUUGGUCAACACUGAUAAGAACAAUAUGGAGCACAAUCAAUAGAUCUCCUCGACCCUUGCUAAAAGAGAUUAUAAUUGUUGAUGAUGCCAGUGAGAAAGAACACCUAGGCAAGAAGCUUGAAGAAUACAUAAAGACUCUACCGGUUUCCACACGACUGUUCCGUACUGAAAAUCGGUCUGGGCUGAUUAGGGCACGACUUCUUGGUGCCAAGCAUGUGAAGGGAGAUGUCAUCACCUUUUUGGAUGCUCAUUGUGAAUGUACUGAGGGCUGGUUGGAGCCGCUGCUGGCGAGGAUCGUGGAGGACCGCACCACGGUGGUGUGUCCCAUCAUCGACGUGAUAUCCGACACCACCUUCGAGUACAUCCAGGCCUCCGACAUGACCUGGGGCGGGUUCAACUGGAAGCUCAACUUUAGAUGGUACCGGGUUCCCGAACGUGAGAUGGCACGACGCGGUGGCGAUCGUACUGCACCGCUCAGAACGCCGACGAUGGCGGGUGGACUGUUCGCAAUCGACCGGGAAUACUUUUACAAGAUCGGCUCCUACGAUGAGGGCAUGGACAUAUGGGGAGGGGAGAACCUCGAAAUGAGCUUCCGGGUGUGGCAGUGCGGCGGCCGCCUAGAGAUAGUCCCGUGCUCGCACGUGGGCCACGUGUUCAGAGACAAGUCGCCGUACUCGUUCCCGGGCGGCGUGCAAAACGUGGUCCUCCACAACGCGGCCCGCGUCGCCGAAGUGUGGAUGGACGAGUGGGGAGAGUUCUAUUACGCCAUGAAUCCAGGUGCACUCAACGUCCCGGUCGGCGACGUGAGCGAGAGGAAAGCUCUACGUGAGCGUCUCAAGUGCAAAAGUUUCAGAUGGUACUUGGAGAAUAUCUAUCCCGAAAGUCAGAUGCCACUCGACUAUUAUUACUUGGGAGAAAUAAGAAAUGCAGAGACAUCGAACUGUCUGGACACUUUGGGAGGCAAAGCUGGACAAGCUCUGGGGAUGGGUUAUUGUCACGGGAUGGGAGGAAAUCAGGUGUUCGCGUACACCAAACGCAAGCAGGUGAUGUCAGAUGAUAACUGCCUGGACGCCGCUAACCCGCGCGGACCCAUCAAGCUGAUCCGCUGUCACGGGAUGCGCGGCAACCAGGAGUGGACCUACGACUCCAAGGGUCGCACCAUCCGGCACACGAACACGGGCAUGUGCCUGGACAAGCCCGAGGCCAGUGACGUGUGGAAGCCCGUGUUACGAGCGUGUAACAAGUCGCGCGGCCAACAGUGGCUCAUGCAGAUGGACUUCAAGUGGCAGGCCCGCCGAGCCAGCUAGCGAGAGAUCAAGACAACGAUAGACCACACGAGUCUUCCCUAUCGUUAACUUACAAUUAGAUUCGAUCGUUUAUUCCUAUAUAUCUAUAGUUUUAUAUCGUAAACGCGCGUCACGUCGCGUGUCACGUGACAUUGCCCUGUGAAUUGUUGACAAUACAUUAUUGAUACUGUUCGGUGUUCCCUUGAAGUUGCUCAACUUGUAUCACUGUAACUUAAGUUAGUGAGUGGCUCUUAUAUUACACGUUAAGUAGGGAUUCAUUUACAAUGUUAUAGAUUUUGUAUUAUUGUAUACUGAGAGAUUUGCAUUUACUGAUAAUUGAAUAAUAAUAUUACGUAAAUAAUCUUUAGGGUGUACAUUCAAAAUUGAUAUGGGCGUGGCUUAACUGUGUAGGAUUCCCUUCUCCUUAAUACCAGGUAAAUGAGUGACAAGUGUGCAAAACCGUCCAUAAUAAUUUACUUAAGCGGCAUACACACUUUUUGAAUUUGUGAUAAAUAAAUCGAGUGAAUUUUUUUUUUCAAAUACUGCGUUACUUUCUCGUGAAGUGGUAAAAAGCGUCGGGCAAAGUGUGCUUCAACUAGCAUAGUUCUGUGGUUGCAGAAGAAAAUUCAAAGUUUAUUGUAAACUUUUUUAGCCAUUAUUGUAAUGCAGUGUACAGUACCUACGUAAUAAGGGUCAAUGACACUUAUACAACGUUUCUAAUGCUGUCAGCUGUUGUGGCGAAAUACAUUUCUGCUUUUUAUUUAAUUAAAAAAUUAAGAAUAAUCUGCAUUAACUUUGGAAAUUUUCAGUGCCACAAUAUAUUCAGAAUCAUGGUCCAAUUGCAACCCUGCACUUUUAGGAUGUAGAUGUUUUAUACCUGUAUAUUUAGGGUUCAUAUGUUUGUACGUCGUUUUGUUAUGGUUUCCUACUGUAUUGUCAUUUGUCACUGUUUCAACGCAGUCUCAUCGUUCACGCACUAAUUCCCAUAACAAAACAAAACAUUUUACAUUUACUAUAACUUACUAGUUGUUUUGAGAUAGGUAUUUUGUAUAAUUUAAAUUGAACAUGCAAAUCUCUCAAGUGUCCUAGUGAUUGAUGUAAGCGGUGAUAGAUUUACGCGCGAAUUCAUGAUUCACGUGUCGACUGAAGUCACAAAUUAUGUCUAGAUUCUAUUGGAUAGGAAAACAACGGAUGAAAUUAACAUGUAAUUGUUUGUUUUUUUUAAUUGUAUGUAUCGAGAUUAUAAUAGCAUUGGUUUCGAAUGAUGAGUUCAUCGGAUACUAACUGACAAUAGAUUAUAUUUAAACAUAUUAUUUUCUAUAGGAUUGUUUUCAAUGAGAAAUUUACACUAUUUGUUGAAAGUUUUGAACACACACACUGUUACAUUAAGAAAUAACGACCCAGUUUUUAAUAUUUGUCUCUAUUUUAUAAGAGGACUUGUAUAUUAGUUAUUUCUAGAAUAGUCCGCCAUUCAGAUAUUAUUCUUCGCAUACACAGAGCCUUCCUUUAUUCUAGUUAUCUAAGCAUUUAAUAUUUCGUUUAAAUUUCCAGCGAAAAGGAAUUAUUGUUUUAUGCCUAGAUGUUGUAUAAAUAUUUUUGUCGAAUUAUUUUUAAUCAGAUGAGAGUUUGAUUUUAUUUGAAUAUGCCUUUAUGUUGUAAUUUUAUUUGCAUUCAUAAAACUAUAUUUUCCUACGUUUCUUAGAUUUAACUUACGUAUAUUUCUAAUGCGCUGGUACACCUACAGACUGAACACUUCUGCAAAUUUAAUUCCGAACUUCCGAAAAUUGAUGUCUUUCGCCAUUUUGAUAUUAAUUAAUUAGUCUCUGCUAAUGUUCUUUGCAGGUUUAUUCAAACACUUCUGACUGUUGCCUUAAUCUUUACGACGUCUCAAAUAUCUCUAACUGUGAAACUGUUGAAUUUAUAUAACUACCUAUUAGGCACAAUGACGUUCUAUACACUUAUAAGAAGGAAAUAUCAUUAACAGUCUGAUAGCGAAACGGCAAAAGUGUGCUUGAAGACAAUGUAAGUACACUUUUAUCCUUAGUCGUGUGUCAACUGUGACUGUCCGAAUCGGGUUCAAAAUCACACGUAACCUGAACUGAAUACAUGUUUUACAUUUCUGUUAAUUGACCAAACAUAGUUUGAACAACUGGAGUGAGUGCGGUUAUGUAUAGAUAUACGUGAUUUGUCUGUAUGUAUAGAACGUCAUUGAUUAGGAAUAAUGAAAUAAUAUUAGUGCAUAUCGAACGUAGAUUAGAAAGGCUAAUCGGAAUUGCCUGUUUUAUUAAGAUAUAUUUUAUUUUGUAUAAAGACGCUAACGGUCUUAUGUGUGGCGACGCCAUAACUCGCCGUCAGGUGAGAAGAAACACCAUAACACAUAUCGGCACAGCCGUGUGAGGAAAUGAGAUUAUUGUAGUGAUCUUGAAGGAGCUUUUAUGAAUGUUAUAGCUGACGAUGAUAACGAAUUUUAUUUACGUUGGAUAAUAUUGUGUUAGUUAUUUUAUUUAUUUUUUUAAUAUUUGGCAUAAUUACACUGUAAAAGUUAAAUAGCUCACGAGUUAUGGAAAUUACAUCACAGUUUAUUAAGUAGAUAUUAUAUAGUUUUGUUAAGAGCUUAUUCGGAAAUUUUUAUUAACAAAUGCAAUGUAAAGUUACUCCAAGCAAAGAAUAUAUACUUUUCCAAGUUUAAAAUGACUUCUCCCUGUCAUGUAAUUCUGUAGUGACAAUAGUAAGAUAAAUACAACAAGUUUUAAAUUUGGAAUAACUUUACAUCGCGUUUCUUAAUAACACAGAUAGUGUUCUAUAAACAGUUGCAAUGUAGUUGUUGUAAAUAAUUUGUUAGGUCGGAAUACGUCCAUUGAUCGUAGCAACAGUAAAGCAUUUAUUUAUACAGCAGAAUCUCGAAGGUAUUUCAUUAUUAUUUAUGUAUACAUAAUUUUAACGUGCCAAAUUGUAAUUUUUUGGAUAAUUCUGUAAUGUUUCACCAUUCCAAGUCAGAAUCAAUAAAUAACAAUAUUUUGACUGAA